CCUCUCUCUUGCUUGCUUUUUUCAAGGGUUGCUUUAGAAGAGAGCUUGAAAGAGUAAAGAGUGCAGCAGAAACCUUGAAAAAGUAUGGCUAAAAGUAGGAGAGAGGUAUAUCCAUGUCCAUGUAUGUCUUAAUCUUUACAUGUAUUCAUGUAUGGUAUGUGGGUGUCACCUGAAACCCUGUUUCGUUGAAGUUAGGGAUAGAUUCUUUGGUAAUUUUUUGCUUUUUUGAUCCCUCUCAUUUAAAAAAAACAAAGAAAGAAAGAAGAUCUCCCUUCUUUUUUUUCCAGUUUAGUUUUAAAAAGUUGAUUAAAAAGGCGUAUAGAACAGCAUCAACUGCAGUGUAUCACAGUCUAUCAUUCAUAUAAUUAUGGAAUCUACAAAUUUUCAUCACCAACAACAACAAGAACACCACCAGCCUCUUGUGGACUCUUCUUGUUAUGGACUUGCUUGGUAUCAAAACCCCAUCCUUAAUGGUACGAGAAACAGUACAAACUCAAGAGAUGUGAAGCAACACAUAAAUCAUAGCAUAGAUCUCGUUCCUCCUCCCACUUUGCAAGACUUAGGAUUACCUUUGAGUACGAUGGAAAGUUUCAUGGCGCAUGAACUGCAACAUCUUGCAAGAAUCAAGGAUGAACUCUCGCUCUCGAGAUCUUAUCCAGGACUCUCGGAAAUGAUCAUAAGCAGCAGCCCAACAUCCAGCAUCGAAGAUUUACACUUACAUCCAUCCCCAACCUACAUGUCAAAGAAUGAUAAUCAACGGAUUCGAUACGACAAUGAUAACAAUCAAGAGAUAUUUCUCAAAACUUUUUCAAAUGGGUGCCAAAUAAAAAGUGAUCAUCAGCAUAUGAAUCAAAUACCCUUUUCGGAGGAAUCUGUUUCAUAUUCUGAUGAUACUAAUCGCUGUUAUAGAGGGACGUUUAGCCAGAUUCUUCCAACAAUAAAUAUUUCGAGUUUGAAUCAAUCAUCAACACCACCAUUGGCAAUUUCCUCAACCGCUUUUGAUAUCAACUUGCCAGCUUUAGAUCCUUUUCGCUCUCCAACAUUUGAUGGGAGUUUUAGCUAUCAACCUUCUUCCCUAAAUGUUCAUAAUCUUGGAGGCCUUUUAAAAGACAAAUGUUUGUCUUAUGGUCUUGACCAAAUGCAUCAGCCAAAUCACAGCCAAGUUUGUCAUAGCAAGGUAUUACCACCCUUCAUCGUCGAAACUACAGAAGCGAAAAGGUCAGCCAGCAAUUAUAUGGAUGCAAAGGCCAUUAAAGCAACUCCACCUAAGAAAUCAAAACUGGAGUUGCGCCCUUCUUGCGCACCCUUGAAGGUUAGAAAGGAGAAAUUAGGCGAUAGAAUAUCUGCUCUUCAGCAAAUGGUAGCACCUUUCGGCAAGACAGAUACUGCAUCAGUGCUAAUGGAAGCCAUUGGAUAUAUCAAGUUUCUGCAGAACCAAGUAGAGACGUUAAGCGUGCCAUACAUGAAGUCAACACAAAAGGUCACUAGAACAUCGACACGAGGGGGUUCAAUAAAAAUUGGAAAUGAAGAGAUGAAGAGGGAUCUUAGAAGUCGAGGGUUGUGUCUAGUGCCAUUAUCGUGUUUGUCGUAUGUCACAUACGGAGGUGGAAACAUUUGGGCAACCCCCUAGCUAAUAAGUUUGAUGGGAUUAUUAGCUCAUUAUUGACUUGAGUCCUGAGUGACAAGAGCAUAUUGAGCAUGGGAAAUUAUAUAUGUGGCUUUAGAUCGAUUGUUUAAUUUAUCUCUACUUUUUGUUAAUAAAACGGAGCAAAUUUGGUAGUCUUGUAAAAGAUAUAAACGAGGAUGCACCAUGUUUGAUCCAUAUAGUCAUGUAUCCAAUUUUUUUUUUCUCGAACAACACUUUUUUGAGAAAAUUAGCUAGAGGGUAGCAAAGAGAACGAGACACCCAUGGAAUUACAAAGGAACCAAUCCUACCAAGGAGGGCUAUGAAAGGAAACCCUAGAAAUUAACCCGGUUCAAGGAUCUAUUUUUACUUGUAUUCGAGAUCCAAUAGAAAGCUAAAAGAACAAAAAUAGUAGCACAAUGUCAUCUAGUAUCUUUGAAAAGCAUGUCAUUUCAAGUAUUCUGCUAGAAUUAAAGCAUGGUUUGGAUCACCAUGGUGAAGCAAUGCUCUUCGAAAUGACCCAUAUUUGAGAGAGUAUUAAGUUUCAUAACUAUGCUCUAAGGCUCCAUUUUAGAUAUGUGACCAGUUAAAUCCAAGCUUGAAAUGUGGACCAUGUCGAGAGAGCCUUACCUAUUGUUCAGUCCCAUAAUGCUUUCUACGUGAAGUUAUACACAUUUUUAUCUUUUUCAGGUUUUGUUAUUUGCAUUGUGUUCAGCCAUGAACUUUUUCGG